AUGAGUUAAGGAAUGAAUAAUAAUUCUCAAAAUCCUCUUUUAGGCAAUUUUUAAGAUUUAGAUAUCUGCUCACUAUUUUUUAGGUAUGAUAUUCAUCUUAUUUAUAACAUACUAAUAAUUUUAAUGAUAUCCCUAUAUUAAUUUCAUAUGCUUAUUAUUAUUUAUAUUAGCUAAUAGCAACAAUAAUAAUUAUGGAAAGCAUUAUUCAACCCAGAAAUUUAAUAGCUCUAUCAAUCAUAAAUGUUUCCAAAUCUAACUUAAAGUUUAAACUUAAAUAAUUCAUCAAAAGAUGCUUUUCCUACACCUAAUAUGUUGAGUAAGUUAUUAUUUAUAUCCCUCUUACUCUUAUUUAUAUAACAUAUAUAUUUGAGUUAUUUGAACUUAUUAUCUAGAUAUGACUCCUAAUUCAAAAGCUAUUGAACUACUAUAAUUCUUUCCUAAUCCAACUCCAUUGUUUGCUUAAACUAAUUUCUUAAACACUUAUCCAUUACAAUCAAUCAAUUUUAAUCAAAAAUAAAAAAACAAUGCUGAUAAUCCUAUUACAGUUGAUGAUGAUGAACCAUAAUAAAAUCAAAAAAAAUGUUAUAAUCCACAAUGCAAAAAUGUGGGAGACAAAAAAAUUAAAUCUAAAAGAAAUGAUAUAUUAUUCUUUUGUGAUAAAUGUUCUAAAUUAUAUAAUAAAGGAAAUUAUUGCGAUUUUUGUGAAUAAGUAUUAUAUAAUCUAUUUAAGGUUUAUGGAUCAUAUGAUGAUGAGGCUGGAUGGAUUUAAUGUGACUCUUGCUAAAAAUGGGUAACAUUUUUUUAUCAAAUUCUUUUUAUUAGAAUCAUAUUAUUUGUGAAUAAAAAAAUAGAAAUUAAAAUAUUCAAAUAGAAUUUGAAACUAGUCAGUAUCAUUGUUUAACUUGUUCUAAAAACAUUAAGAAACCAAAAAUUAAUAAAAAAGUUGAAGAACCUCCUGUCUUAAAAUAACGUCCUAUUAUAGAAUAGGAAGAUUGCAGAAAUAGAGAAAAAAAUAUUACUUUUGUUGCUACCAAAGAUAAUAAAAUUUAAUAUAGUAAUCUAACUAAAUUUUUAUAAUAGCAUUUAGAUUCAAUUUAAUGGAUGAUGAAAUCAAACAAGAUUUAGAUUUGUUAAGAAAUUCAACAAAAAAAAAAUAAAAAAUUUAAUUACCCUCUCCUCCUAAAAUUUAAUAACCAACUUAAACUUAAUUGUAAUAAAUUCAAUAAGAAGUAAUAUAUAUAUUAAAUUACUUUUAAGACUUAAGAAUCCUCACUCACCAACAGAAAUUUAAGAAGAAGAAUUAAUUAAAAAAUCAAUUAUAGAGAUUUAAUUGGAGAGUAUUGA